CUGGGAACGGGAGAGAGGGAGGAGAGGAGGCGCCUCUACCUGCUCCCGCGCCUCGGCCCCAGCCCCGACCAGACGGCGGUGAUGCGGCGCGGUGCCCUUUUCCCUCCGACUUGCCGGCGGCUCCUCCCCUUUAAGGAACCGAGGCGGGGCCACGCUUGCUGCAGGAACCUGCCCUUUAAGAGCACCCUCUCUCUCUCUUUCCUUGGUGCUGCCGGUGCUGAAAGCCCUCUCCCCGUUUCCUCCACCUCCCCCCCACACACACACCCCGAAGAAGCCGCCGCCGCCUCGCCAUGGUGUCCUGGAUCAUCUCCCGGCUGGUGGUGCUGGUUUUUGGUACCCUGUACCCUGCGUAUUCUUCUUACAAAGCUGUGAAGACGAAAAAUGUGAAGGAAUACGUCAAGUGGAUGAUGUACUGGAUUGUGUUUGCCUUCUUCACUACAGCAGAGACACUUACAGAUAUCAUUCUCUCUUGGUUUCCCUUUUAUUUCGAGUUGAAAAUCGCAUUUGUGAUUUGGCUGCUCUCUCCUUACACCAAGGGUUCCAGCGUCCUCUACAGGAAGUUUGUUCACCCAACGCUCUCCAAUAAGGAGAAGGAAAUUGAUGAGUAUAUCAGCCAGGCUCGUGAUAAGAGUUAUGAAACAAUGAUGCGAGUUGGAAAGCGUGGAUUAAAUUUGGCAGCAAAUGCAGCAGUUACAGCAGCCACAAAGGGCCAGGGAGUUUUGUCUGAAAAACUACGGAGUUUCAGCAUGCAGGACUUGACUUUGAUUCGGGAUGAUGAUGCCGUGCAUUUACGGAGCCCUGAGCCACACAUGCGCACCUCUCCUACUGGCCUUCUUGAAACCAUUGAUGAUUCAGGUGCAUCCUGUUACUCUUCAUCAGAGGAGAUGCCUGUGCCUCAAAGACAUAAUGGAGCCCACACUGAUGCCAGAACAGAUCCAUUGGACGAUGACACAGGAGACAAAGUUCCCAAACGGACUCAGAGUCUUAAAGCUCCUAAAAAAGUGACAAAGACAGAGCCCCCGCAAAAGACUGUGAAAGCCCGUCCUAAGAAGAAAGUUACAGGCUCCAGUACUGCUGGCGAGUCAGCCUAAGGACAUCCCAGCCUGUCUGUCCCAGGGCUCUUCUGUCACUUUGAGGGGCACUCUCCAAGGAAAGAGAGCUGAGAUAAUGUACAUAACAGCUACUGCUUUGUAGAGUUCAUUCCAGGGCAAGAGGGUGACUGAAAUUUGGCACACAGAUCAGAGGAUAGCCAUCCUCAGGAAUUAUUUCCUCUUCAUCAUUGUGGUGAAGAGAAUGCUAAUCUGUACAUAGCCUGUUGCUUUGGGAUUUCCUCUCCUUGUGCAACCCUAAUAGGGAAAUUCUUUGCCAGAAGUAUCUCUUUAAUUAGGGUUAGAGCCAUCUUUGGCAGAAAGGCUGGGGAACAAAAGACUUGUGCCACCAAAAUUCUAACUGGAAGUGGGGAGCUCCUCAUAAUAUUUCAGCAUUUCACUGGAUGUCAUGCUGUAGCUGCUAUGAGAAUUGGUAGGAAGUGCCUGACAUGAAGCGACUGGUACUGAAAACAGUGUCAUCCAAACUUACUUUGAAAGGAGAAAGAGACAGAAAUACUGGUUUGCCUAAUGAUUUGCUUCAUGGGCAACAACUGAAGUGGGGUGACAGUGACUUUGGGUAAGGGCUUUUUAGCAAGGACUGAAGGAGGCUGAAAAAAGAUUGUGGGUGGUCAGCAUCUUAGCUAGUAUCUGCUGCCUGUUUCUAAGCAUCAUCCUUUGCCCAGAUGGAAGUGUUAUAAUUUUGCUUGUGGUAGGUGUUGGGAAGAGUAAAACGUCUGCAUGUUUUUCCGAGUAGAAAGAAGGCAGGAAGGAAGAUGAAGAAUUUUUGAAUGAUUAAGAGGGCCAUGGUUGGAAGAGAAUGUGGAAGACACCUGAGCAUAGAGCAGUAUUUCAAAGAAUUUGAAUCCUGAAUAGUCGCUCUCUCACAAACCAAACCUUUUGGCCCCUGCUUUGAAGUUGCCUUCACAUUUAAAAUUUUACAGGUCAGUCUGGUUUUGGUAAGAAUUGUUGGGGAAAGGCACAUAUGAAGAAGUUGAAAGGCCAUUAGCUGGAUGGUUUCUGGCUUCUGCUGUGUACUUAAUAUUGCUUUAUUUGCACUGAGAAUAUAAGUUAAAAGCUUGAUCAGUGCAGCAUAGUGCAGAGGCAAAAAAAUAACAUCCUUUUGGAGAACUUUCCUAAAUGGCAUCUUGUAAUAAAGGAAGUGUUUGUGACAUUCUUAACGAUUGUAUGGGUAGACAUAGGAAAAGACGACCCAGCUCUCAGGAACUACCCAUACCUACCACCACUUUCUUUUAUCACUUCUGCUAACUCUGGUUAGCUUGAGAAACAAUAUCACAUGGUGUUUAAAGCCACUUGGUGUUUUCUAAAAAUCGGAGUUUGCUGUUUAUGUUGAACUGCAGUCAAGUAAAUGGCUGAAAAACCACCAGCCAGCUGAACAUAGCUGGAUAUGACUAUCCUCAUCUAGGACUGUGGUGUGGGGAUGUUACAAACAGUGUAAUAAUUAACCUUCUGUUUUCCUAUGGUAAAUGUUUUGUUUUCUGACUAUGUGCCAAACAACCAGCCUUUUAAAUGCUGGAGAAAAUAUAUGAGAUUUUGAUGCUACAGGAACCAGCUUUCAGUGACACUUAUUUACAAAGGUCAAAAUCCUCAGACUGCAGAGUGUAGUGCCCACCCACAAGCUCCAUUGAGCUGUUGUAUGAAUCAUAGGUUGCCCAGUUAAAUAAACAGGGUUUAUGGUUCCACAAGGAGAUAGUAAGAACCUUGUUACACAAGCUCUAGAAAGCCCCAGCCAUUCUCACAAGGGAUUAUUGCUUGAAUGGAUAUAAUGAAGAAGAAUCUGUGUUGUCAAUUUAUUCAGAGGACUCUGGAAUGGGUGACAGUAUGGAUUGAGUUUGGUUGUGCAGCAAAAUGAUCUUGCAGCUGCUUUAGCUGUGCGGAUUAUAUACCUCCUUUUUUUCCCCAGUGCAAGCUGAUAUUUCCUGCUCCUUAAACAAGUUUGCUCAAAUGUUAAGCUCCAUUAACUUCAAAGGGGCUUUCCUUCUAAUAAACAUGCUUUGAGGAUUGCACCUUUAAGCUGACUCCCUUAGGAUGUAUAGUUACAGGCAGAAAUGACCUGUCCUUAAGAUUACAUAUGCAUUUCUGUUGACUGUACUAAUGUCUUCAGUCCUUCACAGUUCUGUUACACAUCUGCACUUUUGUGUUGUACUUCUAGUUUAACACCUGGCAGUUCAGCCUCUGCAAGAACAAAGAGAGUGCUUCACAGCAUUUUUGCCCAUUUGUUUUUCCUGGCAGCAGCUGUCUUAGCCAAAGACUUGGCAAAUGAUAACAGAAAUUUUGUAAUUUGUCACAGAUACUGACCCUAAAUCUCAGAUUAGCCAUUUUAGUAGUUGAAAGAUUGCCUUGGGUUUGCUGAGUGUGAGAACAAAGAAACAGAUUUCACACAGUUGUUCACUUUUUUCUAGUUUUGUGCUAUUAGUUUUGAGCAGUUCUGCUUGAAUAGAGAUUAUAUAUGAACCAGUUCCAAGCAUAUAUAGCAUAUGACUGGUGAAAGUGCAUUUAGAUGCUGGCUUCACUGUAACAGAGGCCUUUAUAUUUCUGUAAUAUUGCCAAGGGAAGAGCAGUCUAUUCUACCAAGGACAUAGCACUAUCUUAUCAAAUUGCUGCCUCUGGUUAAUAGCACAUUGUGUUUUUUGUUUGUACAUAUCAACUUGCAUUUUCACAGCACAUAUAUUGGACUCUUCCCAGGAUCCUUUGUGUAAUUUUUGUGUGAAGGCGGUGAUUUUGCAUAGCAGGUGAUGGAUUGAGAUCAGAACUAGCAACAUUAUUCUAAAUGAGAACAUAGGUUUUUUUGGCAGUGGCCAUCAGCAGUGCUUGCAGCAAUCCACGGAAAGUAUGAUGCUGGAUAACUUGACCCUUUAUACCAAUCAAACUGGCUCCAACAAUAUUCCCUACAUAUUUUUAAAUUAGCUUACUCUAGAUUUUCAUACUUGUCUUCUCACCACAUCAGGUGAAUGGGCUGAUGGAGUUUCAGUAGAAGCUUUUGAUUAUUUUAAAUGUACCACUUCUUGGUAUUGACACAUUUGGUUUCCUUUCCUUUAUAAUAUUUUGUACUUCAAAAAAUUCAUAUCAAUAGGUUGUGUUUAGCUUACUUGUUACAGUCUCAGUGAACAGCCUAGUUUUUGCUGCCUGCCUUAGGUGGUAAAAAUGGAGGCUGAAAAAGUCAAACAUAUGGCAGCGCCUAUAAUGCUGAGUUGCAUUUGCUUGGUAGCUUAUGUUUUCCAGAUCUGAUUUAGUGUCUAUUAACAGCUGCAUGUUGCAUUUCCAGUUGGUUGUCAUAACAUAGUUUCCAACAUCAUCCUUUUAAAAAAAUGCUUUGUGAAAAUUGCAAGGAAUGUUAGUUUCUUAUAAAAUAUUUCACAUGGCUGUCUUUCCUUUUCAUGCUUCAAAGAGUAGUCUGACAUGAUUCUUGGAGUGAACAUGGUCACCCACGUUGAAAUUCUGUGUUUGAAGUCAAGUUCAUUCAUGAUGAACUUAGACCAAAGUACAUGAAAUGUUAAAUCUGUGGCUUGAUGUUCAGAAGAUGCUUCCCCAGUAUAAACAGUAGUCAAGAAGGUCAUGGCAUGAAGGAAGGGCAUUUAACUGUUUCCUCCCACACUGCCAUCUUGAUUAAGUGUGACAGAGGAAACACUGAAACACUCCUUUCAGCUGUGAUUUUACUUGCGAGGGAAGCUCUCAUUUGUAUCACUGCAUGUUUAAGGGAAGAAUUCUUGGCAAGAAAAUAACAUGGGAGGAGCAGGUUGGUCUUUCCACGCACUGUGGUCUUGAUCACUCUCCCCCUUUGUGGCUUCUGUGUACAUGGGUUGGGAGAUGUCAGACCACAGGAUUCAUAUCACACAAUGGCCAAAAUCCUGUUUCGUAGCAUAAUAAAUUACACUAGAAUAGGCCCGUUGAACGGGGAUUAAAUGAGUCAUCUCUUCCAUAAAUCACAUUGACUCAAAUGGGCCUACUCUAAUCAUUACUUAGUAUGCUAAAGCAAGUUGCAGUUAGAGUAGGCCCAUUUGAAUCAAUGCAAUUUCUGGAGUUGACUCACCAAAUUCAGUGAGCCUGUUUUAGUGUUAUUUUCUGCACUAAGCAACAGGAUUUUAGCAAGUAUCACUUAAACUAUAACUUUUUAAAACCCUGUUUUAGGGGAAUUAUAGACCUGGAAUGUAGUUUUUUCCUCUUCUCUGACUGCUACUACUGGUAUCUUCAAGAAACUAUCACAAUAAGGCUGCAGUCCUAUGCACACUUUGUACAUAGGACAUGUUUAUUAGUAAAGGAUUGCACUCAUAAUCAUUUUGUGAUUAAGAUGGCUAACAACUGGACUAUCAUGGGAAGAUUGAAAUCACCAUAUAAAUGUUACGACAACCCAAAUGUACUAUUACUUUAACUUCUCUGUGUGCACCUCAAACUUGCUAGAAAAUUAGUGGUAAAAGAAUUCAGAUCUUUUAGUCAUCGAGCUCUAAGUACAUAGUAAAACACUACUACACGUAAAUAAUAUUGGACAGCUUCAUUGGAGUACAGGAAACCUCAAAUUCUACAGGGGUUACAAUAAUAUUACAUUAUUGCUCCUGCAUGUCUACCAUGGCUGUAUUCUGUUGUGGUGAUUGAGGACAAAAAGGUGGCAAGGAUCAGAGUAGGAGAAUACACAGAGGUGGGAGAAGCUUGUAGAGUGACCACAGAUUUUGUGUUAUUUAUUGGAGGAUUGAGUGUCCUAUAUGGUUUGCUGUAGUGUGUGUCUCCAGGAGCAAAAUAUAUCUCCAAAAACACAUCUCUAUGGUCUUUUCCAUCCCAGGCAAAAGAGUGCCUUCUAACAUUGUUUAGAGCAGAAGAAGGCUAGCCAGCAUCCUCUAGUUAGUGCCUUUUGAACUACCACUCCCAUUGACCCUAAUCACUUGCAGUGGUAGUUAGGGCUGCUGAGAGUUAUGAUUCAAAACAUGGAGGGUGCCAGAUUGCCUGUCUCUGGCUCAGAGUAAGAUGUUUUUCCUUCUUGCUGUAGGAAGAGUCCCUUUGUUUUUGUCUUCUGUUUCCAUUUCCUUGUGUCAUAGUCUUGUGAGACACAGCAUGUAGGAACUCUCUGGGAUGUUAAUGUUAUUAACAAAUAGUAUUACCUUUAGAUAGAAAGUUUGGGUACAGAGGGGUUAUGGUUCUCUUUGUGGCUGAAUCACAUUCCAUUGAUUUAAGCAAAUACAAGCACUGGAGUUUUAUAGAAGUUUUCAUUUGGGAACAAAUUGCCCACUGCCAGUGCAUUCCUGUUCCACUGUUAAUACAUACACAGUUGAUCCUCAGCUCGAAAAGUUAUAGUCUGUGUUUUUUCUGGCACCUUUAGCCAGAAUUACUGUAACCUACGCUAGUUCUAGUUCUUCUGUUCUUGGGUCACUGUUUUGUAAAGGAUAUGCUGCUGACUGUCAUCCCUUUCCAAACAUUCAAAGUGAUUCAUUUGAAUGUGCAUGGCUGAUCAGAAGUAGAGCCAUGAAUAUUGGUUCAUUAUGUUGAAUGCCAGCAUUUUCCUUGUUUGUUUGAGCAGGCAGAAGUGACAAGAGGUAGCAUACUUUAGCCAUACAAUAGUGAAACAUCAAGAAAUGGGCAAGAACUAAGAUUGGCUGAAACUACUUAAAAGUCUUAAUCCUUUUGAAAGGUAUUUUAAGCCUUUUCCCUGGUGGUCCUAUAGCACCUUUUGCUGGUUCCUUCAGUGGCUCACUGGCCCCAGUGUCUGUCAUUCUUAACACAGAUUUGGCGGUUAAGUUUUUCAGAACACUGAAGAAAUUGUUCUAGAGGGGUAAUUGACUGUAUUACACCCACUGAUUGUGCCACAUUUUCCUCAUACUGCCAUGGUCUCUAGUCUAGCUGAUUUUAACGAUUUUGAAGCAUUCCAAGCAGUAUGGGGUAAGGAAGAGCCAGGACAUGUUAUUGCCACAAGCAGAGCUGCUACAGUAGAUUUGCCAGUCAUGGGUAACGCUUAUCAUAAAUAAGUCCCAGAGUCAUACAUAGAACAGUUUCUAAACUGAUGCUCAGAAUUUCUAAAAACUGAGGUGGGGCACAUGUUUUAUCCACAUUCAUUAUACAGUACAUUAAGUGUAUAUCCCCAUAUAAUAGACCUUUAGAAAAAGAGCAUGUAAAUGCAAUACUGCCUCUCCCUAUCAGCAAUGUCCCAACGUUCAAGAGCAUUUUUAAUUUUUUUUAAAGGUUUUCUUACGAAUGAAAUGAAUCAGGCAGAAGCUGCUUGUAAUCUGGCCUAGUCAAUGUUGCUCAUACUUUGACUUGAGUGGGACUAUGGGAAGCUGCUCUAUUUUUGGAUUAGACAAAGGAUUUAGUGAAAGAACCUGUUCCUUUUUCCGUGGGGCCUGCCACCAACCUCUGCUUAGUACUGUUAUCAUGCUACCAGUGCCCGAUGGAGGCAAUUUCCAGGGUAGCAUUAAAGGGGAAGCUGCAUGAAUUUUUCCAGGGAAAUAUUUGUACACAGCAACUGCCUGCAUGGGUGGGAGGGGAAAGAAUGUUUUGACCACAGAGCAAGGCAGGCUUGGUCAGGGAGUGGAACUUGUUAAACAAAUGACAAGAAGUGGUCCUGCCAGAAAGUUUGGAUGACUAAACUGAGAAAAGGAAAGGGGAUUUCCAAGGAGAUUGGAUAACAGCCAGUUAUUUUUAUUUAGAUUCCUUUAGACUAAGAGGGUGAGUCAGCUGUAUGGGCAAACAGAAAGAGAGAAAUAUGUCAAUAGACAGCUUGAGUGAAGCCAUAUCCUACUGUUGUUGAGAGUAAUGUUCUCAACCAUUUUGCCAGCUGCAGCACACCAAGCCUUAUGUUGUGGAGCUCAAUGGGCAAGAAGAAACUCCUUCUUGAAGGCUUCUCCAUAGUGUUUCCUCUGUCAAGGUGUUAUGGAUGUGCACGACUAACCAUGCUGACCUUACCUGCUUAGGCCAGAUGUUUAGAAAACAAAAGAAACGUAAUUAUGUUGAGUCUUGCAGAGUUCUUAAUACCCACAGCACUGGUAACUGGUGCUAUUCUGUCUAGCACAGAUGCUGCUAUCCCAGAAAAGUUCAUCCCAAGAUUCAUUCAUUCCCUUUGUUCUGCCUCAGUGGAAGUUUUCUUGGAAAGUAUGUCUCUUCUUCCCUGUGCCCUCCCAAAUCCAGAAAAAACUUCAUAACCAUUGGACAACUGCUGAGAAAAAAGCUUUUUACCUCAGCUCCUCAGAAAACCUGUGUCCUGUUAUCUUGCAGGAGGAAUCCUUGAUCUCCUAUGGAGAGAACAUACAGUUCUCUUUUACUGCUGUAUAUGAAGAUGCUGCAUUACAGGGGAGAGCGGAAUUCCCUCUAUUCUUUAGGAAACUAAUGUUCUCUCAAGAUGGCAAUCUGUAUAGCAUGCUAUGGCUGACAUGUUUAGAACAUAUAAAGUGGAUGACAGGAAGGUUUAAAAGCAAACUUUAACUACAGUAUAUGCAAAAGCUCUGGAAUCUGUGCUCACUUAUCAGGAACAUGUAUUGGAAUCCUUGAAUUCUGUACACAUGCAAUCACCAGUAUUAUUUGUUGAGCUAGUAUUCUGUGUACCUUCUGCAAGUUCUUAGUGCUUGGUGAAACCCUCUCUUAGAUAAUUUUAUUCUACUGGAACUUGUAUUUGCCUGGUUUUGACCUGAACCCUCUAUAGAACUAUGAUCCAAUAAGAAAAGAUAUUUGGGAACCAUUAAUUUACAUGGUUACUUUAGUAUUUUCAUACUUUAUGUACUAACUGCAGUCAUAUCACAUGAGGACUAUGGCAGGAAGUAACAGCAAGUAUGUUAAAGAUUGCUUGAAGGCCACAGAAUGUACCUUGAUCAGUCCUCCAGUUAGCCUCUAGCAUAGCUUCCACACUUAAUCUCACUAGCUAAAUAAUGACUAGAUUGUGUCUCUCUUCCUGUUCACAUAUCCCAAGCUAGCCUUAAAUUCUCUUUAAUUAAAUAUUUGCCACUUUGGGACAAUGGUGGCUGAACCUCCACCUUCCUCAACAGAGGAUCACAAACCAUGGAGAGACUGCAAUCUGGGACCAAACUUUUGGGACCAAAUGUGUGGUGGGAUUCCACAGGAGGAGAAAAAGUUUACAGCAGCCAGUUCCGACUGUGAAAUCAACCUUUCCUGGAAACUCUGGGCCAGAAAGAUGAACUUUGAUAUCAGAACUUUUGAGUCUUUGAGAAUGACGGAUGUCUGAAGAAGUGUGUGUAGCAAAGUCCAGUAUCAAAGCUGCUACUGUUUGUUCUGUUUGCAAUGACAAAUUGGAAUCCAAAACAAUAUGGAAUGUAGACAAAAUAUAUAUUGGUCUCUGUCUCUUCAAUAUUCUAAGUACUAUAAAAGUGAAUCAGUCU